UUCUUCCCAAAGCAAAUAUAAUUGAUUUUGCUUCCCUACCAUUGUCAAUUCUUCUAUGUUUCAAUGCCAUGCCAGUACCAGCCAACAAAUACAGUGAAACUGAACAGCCAUUCCUUCAAAAAGAUGAGGUAAAUACACAUGAUGAUGCAUUUUCUAGUGCUAGUAUUUGGAGCCUAAUCACAUUUAGGUGGCUUAAUCCACUAUUCAAGAAGGGUCAUGAGGAAAAGCUCAGAGUAGAGCACAUACCUUCAAUUCCUCACACUAAGACUUCUAAUGAAGCUGAUUCUUUGUUGGAAGAUGCGCUUCGCGAAAAGAAUACUUCUACUUUCUUCAUCCCUCAUGCCAUAUUACAUAUGAUUUGGAGACCACUUGCCUGUAAUGCAGUUUUUGCAGGAGUCAACACAAUUGCUUCCUAUAUAGGUCCUUUGCUGAUAGCAAGCUUUGUGAAUUUUUUGUCUGGAAAGAAAGAUGAGUCCAAUUGGCAAGAAGGAAUGAUCUUAGCCUUCAUCUUCUUCUUUGCCAAAACAAUAGUGUCACUGUCCCAAAGGCAAUGGUACUUUGGAGCUAACCGGAUUGGUGUUCGAGUCAGAGCCGCUCUGAUGGCUUUGAUAUAUAAAAGAACUUUGUCCAUAAAGUAUGGUGGAACAAAAGACGGGAAGAUCAUAAACUUCAUCAAUGUUGAUGUUGAGAGAAUUGGAGACUUCUGCUGGCAUAUUCAUGGAGCUUGGUUGCUUCCUGUUCAGGUUACAUUUGCUCUGCUAAUCUUGUACAGGAAUUUGGGUGCUGCUCCCUCUGUUGCUGCUCUUUUUUCGACCAUAUUCGUGAUGGUGAGCAACACACCGCUUGCCAAAAUGCAAGAAAAGCUCCACUCAAAGAUAAUGGAAGCGAAGGAUGUGAGAAUUGAAGCCACUUCAGAAACCUUGAAAAGCAUGAGAGUCUUGAAACUGCACUCAUGGGAGUCUACUUUCUUGAAGAAGCUGCUUCAACUAAGAGAAAAUGAGAGAGGUUGGCUUAAGAGAUACCUUUAUGCAUGUUCUGCUGUGGCUUUCCUCUUUUGGGCCUCACCAACGCUCGUCUCAGUUGUAACCUUUGGUGUUUGUAUCAUCCUAAAAACACCAUUAACAUCAGGAGCAGUUCUCUCAGCACUAGCAACUUUCAGGGUUCUACAAGAACCAAUUUACAACUUGCCCGAGCUCAUUUCCAUGGUUGCUCAGACAAAAGUUUCAGUUGAUAGGAUUCAAGACUUCAUGAGAGAGGAAGAUCAAAUGAAGUUAACAAGCUAUCAUACUCCUGACACUUCUGAAGUGGCGAUCGAACUUGAGCCAGGAGAGUAUGCUUGGGACACAAAUGAGUCCAAGAAAUCAACAAUUAAGAUAACUGAGAAAAUCAGGAUAAUGAAAGGGUGGAAAGUAGCAAUAUGUGGUUCAGUGGGAUCGGGAAAGUCAAGCUUAAUCUGUAGUAUUAUGGGAGAGAUUCCUAGAAUUUCCGGAUCAAGUAUUAAUCUUAAUGGUUCAAAGGCAUUUGUACCACAGAGUGCUUGGAUCCAAACAGGCACUGUUAGAGACAAUGUUCUGUUUGGCAAGGAAAUACACAAGGCACAUUAUGAUGACGUCGUGGACCAAUGUGCUUUGAAACGUGACAUUGAGAUGUGGGCUGACGGAGAUCUAAAUUUGGUAGGAGAAAGAGGAAUGAACCUAAGUGGUGGACAAAAGCAAAGAAUUCAGUUGGCCAGAGCUAUUUAUAGUGAUUCAGACAUCUACCUGCUAGAUGACCCUUUCAGUGCUGUUGAUGCACAAACUGGAGCUCAUAUGUUCAAGAAAUGCGUAAUCCAACAUCUACAUGAAAAAACAGUUGUUUAUGCCACUCACCAGUUGGAAUUUUUAGAUGCUUCUGACCUCAUCCUUGUAAUGAAAGAUGGAAGACUUGUUCAAUCAGGAAAGUAUAAUGAGUUGAUUGCAGAUCCUGAUGGUGAGCUCCUACGGCAUAUGGUGGCUCACAAUAAAUCAUUAGAUCAAGUGAAACCUUCCCAAAAAGGCAGCUGCUUAACUAAGGGUAAAAACCAGAAAAACCAAAUUGAAGAUCUUACCAAUGAAAACAAGAUCUUAGAAAGAACUCAGCAGGAAGAUGCAGUAUCAGGUCGAGUUAAAUGGAAAGUCUACUCAACCUUUGUAACCUCGGCGUAUAAAGGGGCCCUUGUACUUCCAGUCCUUCUAUGUCAAGUUCUCUUCCAGGGACUGCAGAUGGCAAGCAACUACUGGAUUGCAUGGGGAACAGAAGAAGAAGGAAGGGUUACUAGCAAGAGAUUAAUUGGAAUAUUCGUGCUGCUGUCAGGGGGAAGCUCUUUUUUCAUCUUAGGAAGAGCAGUUAUGCUAUCAACUAUCGCAAUUGAGACUUCUCAGAAGCUCUACAUUGGAAUGAUGAAAUCACUCUUCCGAGCUCCCUUGUCAUUCUUUGACUCCACCCCUUCCAGUAGAAUUCUCAAUAGGUCUUCUACGGACCAAAGCACCGUGGACACAGAUAUUCCAUAUAGAUUGGCUGGACUAGCAUUUGCACUUAUUCAAUUAUCGAGCAUUGUUGUCCUCAUGUCCAAUGUUGCCUGGCAGAUCAUGUUUCUCUUCCUUCUGAUACUUGCCAUCUCUGUGUGGUAUCAGGCAUAUUACAUUACCACUGCUAGAGAACUAGCAAGGAUGGUUGGCAUUCAGAAAGCUCCAAUCCUGCAUCAUUUCUCAGAAUCUCUCACCGGUGUAGCAACAAUUCGUUGUUUUAAUCAGGAAGACCGAUUCUUGAAUAAAAAUUUAAGUCUCAUCGAUAACUAUUCACGUGUUGUCUUUCACAACUCUGCUACAAUGGAAUGGCUCUGUGUUCGAAUUAACUUUCUCUUCAAUCUCAUAUUCUUCUUUCUUCUCGUCAUCCUGGCACACCUUCCUCGAGAGGCUAUAGACCCCAGUUUAGCAGGACUAGCAGCUACCUAUGGCUUAAAUCUUAAUGUUCUCCAAGCUUGGGUUAUAUGGAACCUGUGCAAUGUUGAGAACAAAAUGAUCUCAGUUGAGAGAAUACUUCAGUUUAGCGACGUUCCUAGUGAAGCUCCACUGAUAAUUGAAAAGUCCAGGCCAAAACCCAAUUGGCCUCUAAAAGGAAGAAUUGAAAUUAAAGAUCUUCAUGUACAAUACAGCCCUGAUCUCCCAAGAGUUCUAAAAGGUAUAACCUGUACCUUUCCAGAGGGAAAGAAAAUCGGUGUAGUUGGAAGAACAGGUAGUGGAAAGUCUACUUUGAUCCAAGCUCUCUUCAGGGUUGUGGAAUCAUCUGAAGGAUGCAUUCUUAUCGAUGGAAUAGACAUUUCAAAGAUCGGUUUGCAAGACCUGAGGUCUAAGUUGAGUAUAAUACCACAAGAUCCAACUUUGUUCCAAGGAACAAUUAGGACUAAUCUUGAUCCAUUACAACAACAUACAGAUCAGGAUAUCUGGGAGGUCUUGCACAAAUGUCACUUAGCUGAUAUAGUAAAGCAGGAUACAAGGCUUCUUGAUGCACCAGUUGCAGAAGAGGGAGAGAACUUAAGCAUGGGUCAAAGGCAGAUUGUGUGCCUAGCUAGGGUGUUGCUACAAAAAAGGAGAAUAUUGGUACUUGAUGAAGCUACUGCUUCAGUGGAUACAGAGACAGACAAUGUCAUUCAGAAAACUAUAAGAGAAGAAACAAAUGGAUGCACAGUUAUAACAGUGGCACAUCGGAUACCCACAGUGAUCGAUAAUGAUCUUGUUCUAGUUCUUGGUGAAGGAAAAAUUCUCGAAUUUGAUACUCCUAACCAGUUAUUGAAGAACAGUUCUUCUGCAUUUUCAAAUCUGGUAGCAGAGUUCUUAGGAAGAUCAUCCAAGGAAGGUGUUGUGGCAGAAAUCACUUGGUUGGUUCGUUUACUUGCUGAUCUUGGUGUUCCUUCUCCUCUACCUGUUCCUCUUCAUUCUGAUAGCCAGGCAACCAUUCACAUCGCCAAGAAUCCGGUGUUCCACGAACGCACCAAACAUGUGGAUCUGGAUUGUCAUUUUGUGCAACAACAAUACCUUUCCGGGCUCAUUUCUUUGAAUUUUAUCCCUUUAACUGCUCAAUUGGCUGAUGUGUUCACAAAGCCCCUUACUGGGACAGUUCAUCGAUCCUUCCUAGACAAGUUGGGGAUUGUUUCACCACCCUCCAACUUGAGGGGUGUGUGUGUGUGUGUUGGAAUAUCAGGAAUAUCAGGCCCAACUAAUUAA